UUCUUGUCGUUGUCAUCGGCUUUCCACUCGUCACUAUCCAUGGGUCAGACGCAGAGCUACUUUACCGAGGAGCAAUUGCUCGAAUACGAGGACUGCACGUACUUCACUCGCCAUGAAAUCAUCAAAAUCUACGAACACUUCAUGACGCUGUGCAAGACCGAGCCCGGCCAGCUGACCAAGCAAGAAGUCAAAACCCUGCCAGAAGUCGCCGUCAAUCCGUUCAAAGACCGCAUCAUUGACAUAUUCUCUGAUGACGGCACCAUGUCCUUUGAGGACUACCUCGACAUGUUGUCAGUGUUUAGCGACCAGGCCACCAAGGACGUGAAGGCGUCGAUCGCCUUCCGCAUUUACGAUAUGGAUGGCGAUGGCUUCCUCGGGUAUCAAGACUUGUACGACACGAUCGAGCGCAUGUGCUUCCGCGCCAAGGAGAAGGGCGAGCAGUUGCAGACCCAGGAAAUCGCGUCCAUUGCUCGGCAAAUUCUUGCCGAAACGGACAUGGACAGCGACGACAAGUUGUCCUACGUUGAGUUUGAGCACAUUAUUUCUCGCGCACCCGACUUUGCAAAUACAUUCCGCAUGCGCUUCCGAGAUUAAUUGGCCUCCAUCUGCCUAUGUCUUGUGAAUUGUUUUGAUGCAACUUUCGUUUUUUCCCUCGUUUUUGAUUCAAUGGCUUGUACAAACAAAAAUUCCUUCUCAGACCCA